AUGGGAAAUUUUAGCAGUGCUAUCUCGGUUUUGAAUCUUCGCUCCAAUGGAUUUAAGGGAACCCUUCCCUUGGCAUUUGCAAAGCCCAACCAAUUACGAAGUCUUGAUUUGAGUGAAAACCAUUUUGAAGGACCACUUCCAAGAUCUUUGACAAAUUGUAGAAGCUUGGAGGUUCUAAACGUCGGAAACAACAAGGUUAAUGACACAUUUCCAAAUUGGUUGGGGACUCUUCCUGAGUUGCAGGUUCUUGUCGUACGAUCCAACCGAUUUCAUGGCCCUAUAAACACUAUGAUGAGUGAACUAUCCUUUCCAAAGCUUCGAAUUGUUGACCUCUCCAACAAUGAGUUCACUGGCCAAUUGCCAUGGAGGUACUUCGAAAAUUUCCAAGCUAUGAAGAACAAAACUAUGCCGGACAAACAAUACAUGAGUGGGGAGAGUAGUUAUUAUCAUGAUUCUCUCGUAGUGACAAUAAAGGGGCUUAAGAUCGAAUUGGUAAGAAUUUUGACUAUCUUCACAACGAUUGACUUUUCAUCCAACAAUUUCAGUGGAGAUAUUCCAAAUGCUAUUGGAAACCUCAAUUCCCUCAUACUACUUAAUUUUUCUCAUAAUAGUCUUACUGGUCAUAUUCCAGCAUCUUUGGGGGGCUUGACAAACCUUGAAUCAUUUGACAUAUCUUUUAACCAGCUCAUAGGGAAAAUUCCAAGCCAAUUAACAAGUUUGACGUUUCUUGCGGUCUUGAACCUUUCAUGGAACCAUCUCCAUGGACCCAUACCCAAGGGUAAACAAUUUACUACAUUUGAGAAUGGUUCAUACGCUGGGAACUUGGGAUUAUGUGGGUUUCCCUUGUUGAAGGAAUGUCAAGAUAAUCGAACAGAAGUACAGACUCCGGUGUUACAACAUGAGGAAGAUGAUUUAGAUUUUGAUGGAUUUACUUGGAAAAUUGUGGUGAUUGGGUACGGGUGUGGAAUGACACUAGGACUCUUUCUAGGAUCUCUCAUGUUCUUAUUUGGUAGACCUAGAUUCUUUGUCAAACUUGCUGAAAGAAAAUUGCCUAAGAAGGUGAUAAGAUUGAGUAUUUUAUCUGGUGUUAUAACAUACACAUUGUAUAAACUCCGUUGUGAAUCUUUUGACAAUCCUAAAACAUUUACAUAUGUUUGUCCUACCAGGUAUAAUAAGGAAGGAAGCUUUGAUGCUAGUGAGAUAUCGUUGGAAGAAACUGAGCAUGAAACUGACGAGUUUGGGCUGCAUAAUUCGAAUGGUUGUAUCUUCAACGGUGCAACAACAUGGGCUUCGGAAGUGGUGGAUUUGAUCAAAACCAGAGUAGCCAUGUGGAUGAAGACUAAGUUUGACAUCAAGAUCUACACAAUGGAGGAUUUCAAAGGGUAUUUGGAUGGGAUUCGAAAAGUGAAGUUGUGA